UUUUAUGUUAAAGAGAUCAAAUAAAAUAAAAAAAAAACCUAAAAAACUAAAAUUAAGAGGUUAUCAUGACUUCAUGUGUUGGAGUUAAAAAUUGAUUUGAGAAGCUAAAUUUGCCCCAUGAAUUGGGUAGGAUUAUUCUUUCUUUGAAGGUCUGCAAAGAGUCUCACACAUGCUUGAGAAUUCUAUGAAAUUCAAGGCUGAGAGGCUAGAAGCAUAGAUCAGAGUUAUCGUUAAGAAAUACAAAUACAUUUUGCUGAUUAACAUCUCGAAAAUAUCACGCUCGAAUUCAGAUAAAAUACUUAAUAUGCUUUAAUUUAUGUUCCCUUCUUCCCGUGUAAACAUCCAUUCAUUUGAAAAUUCAUCGAUAGUGCAAUAUGAUAUCAGAGUGUUUUUUUUUUAAAUUCUAAUAUUCUCCUCUUUUCUAUUCUUAUUUCCUGUCCAAUCUCUGACGAUGAGAGCUUGUCGCAACAAUUUGUUCCAACAUUGAUUCUGCAAUAAUUGCCUAAAUUACAAGAUCCAAACAACAUAUUUUCUCUACAAUACAAGAAUCCAUUCGUGAUACUUGUAUUGCCAAUUUGGAUUGGUCCGAAUUACCAUUCCUGAGCGCGAUCCAUGUGAGUGGCUCUCCUCUAUGAAAACAAAGUAAAAUUCUAGUGAAAACAUGACAUAAUCACUGAUCAUGCGCAUAGUAAUGAGGAACGUUGUUAAUUUGCAGAAUCUCAGACGUCCUUUCAUCAAUUAUUUUUGGGGUUUUAUUUUGCUUGACCAAAUACAGCCAUUGAUUAUUUAUGUCCACCAAAAGAGAGACCACAAGGAAUUAACAAGCAGUGGACUUUCAUCUGGCCUGCAUCAUCCUCAUCUUCAUCCUCCAUCACACAUCAACCAUCUCACAGAACAAAAUUUCGGUCUAGUGACAAUAGUACUAACUUUAAAUUUAAAGAUCUCAGGUUUGGACGUAAACCACAAAAAGUAGAACAGUACCACCCUUAUAAGAAUCGAUAUUAGUUAAUUCAUAUUAUGAAACUCCAAAAUAAUAAAUCACGGUAUAAAAGAAGUCAGAAAUGAAUAUAACAUGCAUAACGAGAAUUUGAAUCCAACUCAUCAUAAAAUACACUCUGGUUUUGCUUCGAGCAUGAUCAAGUACAUUAACUUCUAUGACAUUUUUUUUUUUAAUGGAACUUCUAUAACAUUUUAGUUGAUCACUAAUAUAAUUUUUGUUUACUCUUUUUUCAUUUGCUAAGAGAGAGACUGGUGAGGUAGAUUGAAGUGUACUAUAUAUUCUAACAAAUUUAGAUAAACAACAAAUUGGGCGGCUAUAGCUUUGAGUAUCUCUCUCAAAACAAUUUAAGGGCGGCUUGGUAUCGCUGACAAUUACAUGAACAAAUUUUUAAGAAAGUCAUUAUUCAAAAACACAUAUAUGUUUAUACAAUUUAACUCUUUUAAAUUAUCACAAACCACUGGGUUCUUAAGGUACCUUGGAUGCUAGCAGAUUAUAUUUGUGAGUUGAAUAUUGAUAUCUCUUAUAACAUUCAUGAAUUUUAUUAACGAGUUGGCUUUCGUUUGAUGGAUAUCAAACGUGUAAAAGGAAAUGAUUAAAUAGAUAUCUUACAACAACUCGAGUUAUUAUUGCAACCAGUUGGUUUGUUACAUUGUAUUGUAGUUGUUUUGUUCGGGAGAUCACAUGUUCAAGUCCUCGUGACCCCUAACAUUAAACUUUGUCUUUAAAGCACACUAGCGUGGGCUCCGGCCAUUUGGCCGGAGGAAGGUGAGGUAUGAAAUUCGAUAAUGUAAUAGGUGUAUAGCUUAUUGUUGUAUAGUAUUUUUUGGAAAACAUGUGAUAAAAAUAGUGAAUUUUAGUAGGAAAGAGACAUGAAUGAUGCAACGAAUCAAAAAUCAGCCUUAUGAACCAAAAUCAAGUAUUUGUUACCUGUGAAACAAUAUUGUUUCUGGUAAUAUGAUGAGGUGGGGUAAGUUUUAUAGAAACCGAAUUCCAGAAAAUCGAAUAAAAAAAUUGCCUAUCCCGCGGGUUUUCGGGAAAUGAACAUCUCACAAUCGUUGCUAGCUUUUACUCAACCCGUUGGCCGACUAAUUUGCUUUAUAAAACUUUCAUCUUGUCAUCAUUGUGCUUUCUGGUUUUUUGCCAAGCCAUAAUAAAAUCUAAAGAAAUCAAGAAUGAACACAACGAUUUGGGAUAGGAACCACCUUACAUGUAUCCCUAGAAAAUGGUGGUAAACACGGACUCACCUGCCAAACUGGUUUGGAUUGAGAUUUUUAUCGGGUAUCAGGGAACCAUGUGAUUAUAAAUUAGACUUGAUCAAAACGGGCCAAAAUUUGAAAUUCAACAUGUUUGACCGUCCCAUGCCAAACUCUAAUUAUUCUUUACUUUUAAACUUUCUAUUUGAAAAUAAAAAAUAAUGAAAGAAAAGAGAUGACUGCAAUUCGCCAUUUGCACAUCACUGAUUUGGGAAUAAAACUAUAGAAUUUCGAAAGGAAACUAAAAAUAUUUAGGAUCGUUUUAAUGUUAAAAAUAACCAAUUAGAUCUUUCUGUUUAGUUUUCUACUAACAAAUACCAAACGAUUCCCUAUAAUAUACACUAUAAUUUAAUCAUUAUGAUAUCAAAUAAUUACAUAAUAUAUAUUUGAAAUGAUAAAAAUUUGACUAAUUGGGUUGGUCGAGGUUGAACCAUUGAAUAACUUUAAAAUGCAUUAUAUUUUAGCCACUAAGAUAUAAAAUAGUAGCAUAAUAUAUAUUAUGCUAGAGAAAAUAGCUUGUUUUAGCAUGACAAAUCCCGUGUAGGUCAGGCCCAUUCAACUCUUUUAUUUUAUGAUUAGCGGUUAGCCCAUUAGAAUCCAUGCAUUAGUUUAUUGUUAAAUUUUUUCUUUUUACCAAUAAAAGGGAGUAUUGCUUUUGCUUUUUCAUAUAUAUUUUACCACCACGGAGAAAUAAAAGGACUUAAAGAAAAAAAAUUGACACUCCUGGACCCGUUUAAAUCUGCAUGUGUACGGUAAGUUGGCCCGUUUCACAGAGGAAAAAGAAAAAAAAUUGACACUCCCUAUUCUACCCUUCCUACAAACGCUCCCGGAGCAGGGAAUUUGAAAUGGGGGAAGGGUUUUUUCUCUCUGCGAUUAUAUGUUUUUAAUUUAAAAAUAUACAACAAAUGUACUUAGUGUGAUUGGUUAUGAUCUUUGUCUUUCUUUAAAGUGGUCAUGGUUUGAAUUCUAGUAAGUGUCUUUUUAAUGAAUAAAAAAAAGUAAUUGUGAAGACCAAAAUGUCCUUCCUACGUUCACUCUGGAUGCAGGAAAUUUGAAAUGAGGCUUCAAGUUUUCUCAUUUGGCCUUUAUUUAUUGUGUAGAUAGAUAGUAUGGCAAGCGUGUGAAAACUUCUAAGUCUAUGAGUGAUCUUUCAUUUGAGGGCACGUGUAAGGAUGUGGUUAAAUACCAUACAUGGAUCUCUCCCGACAAUUCGAGUCAUUUGAUCGGUUGAUUUAUAACAUUGUAUCAUAGCAUAUUUGUCUUUGAGGUCACAUAUUCAAGUUCUCAUGACCACCAAUAUUAAUCUUUAUUUUUAAGCAUAUGAUAUAGAGGAUCUGUACAAACUUAUUCUUAAAGGCAAACCCAAUUACCUACUCUAGUCCGGCUCCCAAUUUUGUUUGGCUUAUCGGCACCCUCACUCGUCACUAUAGAUGAGUUCGCUGGUCGUCUUAUAUAUAUUCACCGCCAAUAUUGCAAAGUCAAUAGUUCUUUACAAUUCAAUAUUCCAGCCGUUUGGGCUUGUACAAUUUGUUAAUAUCUAUGUGCAUAGUUUCAUUUAAAAAGUAAUUAUAACUAAAGUUUCAUCUUAAAUUAUUGUUGGAAUUUGGUGAAGGAAGGAAAGCUAAAAGCUAAUUUAGUUUGUACAAUAUUAGGGUGAAAUGAGAAAUGAAAAUGGUUGUGUAAGUGAUUAUGUGAGAUAAACUUCUAUGGCUAGUAAUAUAGUAGAAUGAAAAAAGGUUGAUGAUCCACUGUGCACUCAGAGAUGACAAUUUUUAAUCCAAUUCAUCAAUUCAAUUCAAGACAUUUGAUCCAAAUCCAAUUGGUUGGUGGAGUAGAUUUGGUACCUAAAAUUUAUUUAUUACGAAAAAAUAUCAAUAGAUAAUUAUAUUUUGGUGCCUAAGAUUUUUUAUAAUGACAUUUUAGUACCUAAAAUUUUCAAAAUUUACAUAUUGGUCCAAGACUUGGAUGUCAUUUGGAUAUAUGCAUGAAUUCACCAAUCCAUAUGAUCCAAUUCAUGAAUCCACCAAUAUUUGAUCCAUACCAUAUGAUCUAUGGAUUCCCCAAUCCAAUCCAUAUCCAUUUGCCACUUCUAACUGCACUGGUUUGAAUUCAGUAUCGGACCAAUCACACUAUUCAAUGGUUCAAUCGGUCCAAGAUGAAGCCAACUCAAAACAGUGUAAGUCUUCAGCUAAUUUGAACCUGUUCGGUUGGGCCAACCAUCACCAAAGCAACUUUUUCAGAUUACGCCAUAGUUUUCGUUACUUGGCUGUUUUAUUUUAUGCUUUGAAAAUUCUCUGCAAUCUUCCUGCAUUCGCAACUAUCUUUUAGCAUAAAAAAAACAUGAGUCGUGUGAUUCAUUAUGUUCGUUAAAAAAUCGAUGUUUUUCGUUUGCAAUACCACUAAGUUAAAUAAGAGCUAAUCGCAAUUCUAUCUUUAGAGAAAUCAUUUAUCAACAGUGAGUAACAAGAGAGGAAUAUUGAGGAACAAUAGUGAAUUAUGUCGGGACGAUCCUAGUUUGUUCUUCUUUAAUUUAUAUGUUCAUGCUAUAUAUUCUAUAAGUACCAAGUAAAUGUCUAGCUUACUACAUGCAUAAAUAACAAUUACGAGCCGAUCAUAAUUAAGGAGGAUAUUCUUCUUGAUUAUAGACAGUUAGACACUCAUUUGUAUUAAUUUCACUGACUGGUAGGAAUAAUGUGGUGAUUAGUCCUAGUAAUUAAGAGCCCCGGCCAUAGGCUGCAUAAUUUCAAACCCUUCUGGAAAAAAAAAUUCUUCACUAAACCCUCAGAGUUAGUACUGCGGGGUUGUUGAUCACCGUUUAAUAAUACUAAUCAACUCAUAUUUUAUUCAUAAACCAACCAUCAAUGUGUCACUUAAUCUAUUUGAUUUAAUUAGAUCAAACAAUUGUAAUUAAUCAAACCUAUGCACAUACAUAAUUGAGUAGGUUAACAAAACAUUUGAUAAAGUCCCACUGUCUGUGCUAUUGGUUCUUGCUUCAAUUUCAAGAAAUGUUUACAGGUCUUAAUUAUGUAUUUCACUUCGGUUAAGGUUUUUCGACAAGGUGGGAAUAUGAUAUAUGUUAUAUAGAAAAGAAACAGGAAGUUUUUGGUGGCCAAAACGACAGGGUUUAACAGUUGUUCUUCGAACCACCUAAUUAGGCACGUGUAUUUGGAAUUUUUCAUUUUUGAUUUGGUAUAUCAUUGACAACUGGGAUUUAUCACUCUGAUUACGUGUUCUUAUAGACAAAUGAUCUGGUUAGGAGAGAUCUCUUGUCGAAUUUUUUAACUAAAAUCUCUCCGACCACCAAUUAGAAUAUGAGAUAUCAUCGUUGAGUUGACAACUUGACAUGCAUUAAUAAUCCCUUACUCUAUUGUUGUGAAUUUGUGAUGCCUCCACGGUUUUCUAAUUUCGAAUAAGAUGGAUCAUUUUGUCUAUUACUGUAGCAUCCAUUGCUAGUAAAAUUUAUUUCCUAGUAAUAAUUAUGGACCGCAUAUUGUAUAAAUCAAAUCUAAAUGUGUAGAAACUCAACAAUUUUAUGAGAGUCACCCUGUCAAUUAGUAUAUAAGAAAUUUUAGAGGUCAGUUGUGGUCCAUAAUAUAUCAAGACUAUCAAUCUCUUCUUCUUCCAAUUAGGAAGAUCAGGGUCUCACGUAUAUGAAAUAAGAAGACUUAGUUGAGGAAGGUAACAAUACUUUCUGGAUCGUAUUAUAGAAGUAUCGUCCAGUUUCAGAUUGUCUAUCAGAUUCCAUAUCAAGUUUGACGAUUAGUCACUAUGAAUUAAGGUAUUCCUACAAACUUUUGGAUAAUAUGACAAGAUCAAUUUUCCAGAAAGUACUUAAGUUUAUUUUCAACUUAAAAGACUAGAAUUAGCUCGGAUCAAAUGACAUGAUGAAUAGCCAUCAGUACGUACGUCUCUAAUAGAUAUCCCCAUACUCCUCCCAUUUUAUGUUUAACUAUUCAUCUCUCUACUCUCUUUCACAAAGUAAUACCAACGUAUGACUAGAUCGUCAGUUUCUUUCUGAAAUACAAAUUAAAAGAUAUAUAUUACAACUUGCCCUUUUGGUAGGAAACCUAUGUAGCCCUAGGUGCAAAUUUGAGUUAACUCAGAGUGGCCUCUCUUCGUACACAUCCAUUCAUUUUCUAUAAAUAGCAUCUAUUUCUUAUGAUUUUUAUAUAUGUUUUUCCCAUAUCAAAAUCUGCCAAAACCCAAACUGAUUUUCUGCAAUCUUUCUAAAGAGAAAAAUUGAGUCAAGUGUGGUUCUCGUCGUUUCGCUGCGUUUGAUGGUUUUUGGGUUUGAGGUACCGCUACGCUGGAAAGGUACGUCCUUUCUAUUCUGAGAGUAAUCAUUUUGUAACAUUGGGUACUAGAGGGGAAUACGAUUCUUUAAGGAGAGACAUUGUAUUAUGCUGGCUAGGAUAUUGCAUAUGUGUUUGCAUGAUUCCAUGACUAUAUACAUGCCUCGUGUUGAUUUCAUGAUAUUGUUUGUUACUUGUGUUGCAAGAAUUAGUAUACGUGAGUACUGUACUAGGACAAACGCAAAAUUAAUAUAUCUGUUAGUCCGGUAAUAGUUUAUGGAUUUUGACGGGUCUAAACUUUAUAAACAUGAACACGAGCAUGAUAUGAUAUACAAAUGGGAUGUGUCGACCUAAUGUUUUUAGGACUCCAUUGAGUAUAAGCACAAUAAGCCACAAAAAAAUACCUUCCAGAGAAAAUAAAUAUAAAUACAAUUAUAAGUUCAAAGUUUACAAAUAUAACUACGCAAAUAAUGAAUUAAUGUUGGUUGGACAAUUCAAAAACACUUGAAGGUUAAAUCACUCAUUGUACACUUUCAAUUUUUUCUCCCCUAUUUGUUAUUUUUUCCCAAACAUUCUCAAUUAAUACUUUCAUUUUCGUUCAAUAUUCUAAUUCUUUUCAUUAUCACUUUUAUUUCUUACUUUUCAUUAAACAUAAAUAUGAGCGCAACACGUUACGUAUGCAUGACAAGAUUCAAACCAUGUUAGGAUCCAAACCCGACCAAACAAAUUUAAUAAAUGAGAUAACACAACACAUAAAUUUACGUAUCGUAUAAAGCACGACAAGAGGAAUAUUCUAGGGGGACUCGGCUCUUAUAAAUAGCUGACCCCUCAGACCCUCUAAACACACCACAACGAGCAAAAAACACAAGAGAGUGUUCAUAGAGCUCCGGUUUUCGCACAAAACCGUCGAGCAUACGAGAGGGGUUGUUUUAUCCCGUAUUCAACAGGUUGAUAGUUUGUCGUGCGCAUCGAGGACAGUGCCGCGAACGUUUUAAAGAGAGCGACCUAGUCCGCGACUCAGCUCCAGAUUCGGUAAACUCGUUUUUGGUUAUUGUGCCGUUCUUUAACAGCAUCUACUUCAAAGAAACCGCUGAUCAAGUUCAAUCAAGUAGACCAGGUCUAUGCUUUACUAUCUAAGCUCAUUGACAAGCGGUAACAAUUUCCAACCAUAGAACUCAUUAACGCGUUUUAUUGGUUUCCUAAGAUUUAAUAUUCUUUAAUAGUUGACCAAUGAUAAGCUAGGAAGCAUUAGCAGGCCAAUUAUUGACAAAUGAUUCCCAAUCAAAAUUAUUCAUGAUUCUCGAAUGCUUCAUAUACCCAGCAACUAUUUGAAUAAUGUGUAUAUUUGUCUCAAAAUAUUCCAAUAUUAGGGUUUAUUUUAUUUUGUAUUAAAAAUAAUACUCAUUUUAUAUUAGGAUUCAUGGGAUGUCCUUUCUACACGUCAAACCUCCAAUUAUUUGUAUGUUUAGCAGGAAAACAAUUAGUUAGAGAGGGUUAUGCAAUAAUAAUAUUACUGUUAUUAAUAUGAAAAAUAAAUAAUAAACCAAGAACAACCAAUUAUACUAAAGCUUUGUCUUCAAGUUUUGCAUAUUUGAAAUUUUGGUUUCAAUGAAUCUAUCUAAUCAUGCAGAUCAUAUAUUAGGUGAGGUCCUAACAAUUUCCACUAUUCAUUUAUAUACAUUAAAAAAAUGCGAAAAAUAUUUUGAAUGGGUUCCAGAAAAGGACACUAUAGACUUAUUUUUUCCAAUUUCUUUCUCUAUAAUUUCUUUUUUCAUUCCUUUGGUAUUUUAGCUUCUCUUUUUUUUAGGAAGCUCUAAAUAGCUAGGGAUGUAUAAUGUACUAAGACUUUCCUUAUGUUUAGCCCGGUUUUUGAAAGUGCUUUUCAAUUUUUGAGGAAGAGACUGAAGAUGUGAAGUAUAGUUAUGUACUCCGUUGUCUUUAUGGAGCUAUAUUCUUCAUGGUUUGACCUUUUUAUCAUCCUUAGAAAGUAUGAAGAGUAGUUUGGUUAAUCCAAACUUGUAGAAAAUAGUUUAAACUUCAUAUCGGUUGUAUUUGUCUUUAAGUCUUAACUCAGGUUAAUCAUUUGGGACUGAUAAACUAGUUUUUUCACUCGGAAAGAACUGAAGUUUAAUCACAAUAGUUUUCCCCCUAACAAAGCGUACGACCUAAUUUUGAAUGGUUCGAAAGAUGUGUGAUGAAAUCAUAACUAUAGAUGUUAACAAUUGGGCUUGUGUUUAAACUCAGUACUCACUUUCAACAAGUAGAAUUAUGGUAAUAAACCCAUAAUUUCAUGGAACUAUGAUAGCUCAAAUAAGUACAGAACUACUGAAGUUUACUCGUGGAUUUUUUUUUAUAUAUAUAUAACAAAACGUAAGACCUAAUUAGAUGUUUGCUGAAAUGGACAUGAAAGCCUCCACCUCUAAUUAAUAUAUAAACCUUGAAGUCAUUCUCCUAUUGUGCUUAUAAGGUAUAAGUCCACUUUCACAUUUCUAGAAAGAUAAACUAAACAUAAUAAGCUCAAAAUAAAAACAAACUCAUCAUGUACAAUAAAUACAAUAGCUACCCUAACCUUAUUUUAUAUUAACCAACUUUCCAAGACAGCAGUUUUAGUAUUUAUCUUUUUUAGGGGCAAGUCCAAAUAUGACCAAAAUUAUAAUUGUGAUUGUUGUUUUAAUUAUAAUAUAGGGAUUACACAUUAGUAGACUCUUUAUAUAUAUGGUCGGUCUCAUCAUUGAAUUAUGCCAACCCAUUAGAGAUAAUUGAAUUGAAAAACUAAACCCUUGAUUCUCUCUCUCUCUCUAGCAUUCCAUUUUCUUGGUGAGGUUCAAUGAAAAUGGGAAGCAAAUCACAAGACCAGAAGCUGAAGCUGAAGCACAAGAAAGGGUUAUGGUCGCCGGAGGAAGACCACCGCCUCCGCAUCUACAUCGUCAAGCACGGCCACGGCUGCUGGAGCGCCGUACCGGUCAACGCCGGGCUUCAGAGGAACGGGAAGAGUUGCAGGCUGAGAUGGAUUAAUUACCUGAGGCCAGGGCUCAAACGUGGCAUGUUUUCCUCCCACGAGGAGGAUACAAUCCUCGCCCUUCAUCACCACCUCGGCAACAAGUGGUCACAAAUCUCGCAACAUUUACCCGGAAGAACGGACAACGAGAUAAAAAAUCACUGGCACUCUUACCUCAAGAAAAAGGUCUUCAAAGAACAAGCACCACCACCAACUUCUCUUGAAACGACUUCGCAUGUCAAUAUCGAGCAAUGUUCCUCCAGCUCGUCAAUCACCGACCAAUAUUCUUCCCCAUCUCCGACCAAGUACUCACCGCCGCCGUCGACCUCCGACCAGUGGAACCCGCAGAGUUAUGACAACGGCCAUCAUCAAGAAAAUGGCCCACGGCCCACUUUGCCGAAGCCCAUGUUCGCCGAGUGGCUAUCUCUAGACAGCUUCGCCGCCACGUCAGCAGCAGGCCAUCAGCCGUUGAUGGGUUGCAAUAAUAAUAAUAAUAAGGGUUUCGCCGGCGGGAGCGCCGAUUUCGGACUCGACGUCCCCAGCAGCGGGUUGUUUGGCGGUGAUAAUAAUAGUAGUUUGUUUGAUGGGUACCCUUUGUUCGAAGGUCAUCAGGUUACAAGCGGACAGAACUCGAUGACUACGACAACGACGACGAGCGAUGGAUCGGCCGGCGGCGACGUUUUCUCGUCGCGGUUCAGCUUCGACGAUCAGAGCUCGGCCGACGUUAGUAAUCAGUUCGUUGAUUUUUGUAGCGAGUUCCAGCUCAGCGGGAUGUACAUAUGAAAAAAAAGGGAGCACGUACGUACGGCAGGGUUUUUUAGACGUACUCUAAUUUUUUCUUUCUUCAUUUUCCAUUUUGUCUGUUUUUUGCACUAUUGCAGUUAAUUUGGGAAAGGGUGUAGAAUCUCUAAUUACACUUUGGAAACUUUGGAUUAAUAAUCAACCCUAUAUUUCACUCAAGUUUAUCAACUAUUCACACAAAUUAGGUUGUGUUCACGCGCACAUCGGCGCAUGAUCUAUUUUUCACGGAAUCUCAUUAACUCAUCAACCUUAGCUUAUAUCUCAUACAAUCUUAUCAAUCAAUCAAGCAUUCCCACCAUACGUUCUUUAUUACUUGGUUGUAGGUAAUUAAUCAAUGAUUUUAAUCAUGUAAAAACAAUUCUCUCAAUCCUUUUAGUUACAAAGGUAGUUUAUGCCAAAUAUUUAUGGCGCAAGUUGAGCCAAGAACUUCAUCUUAAUUAGUAGGUCGGAAGCUUCUACCGUUGAAUUCUAUAUGUCGUUAGGUCACAGACUUUCCUCAACCUUCUUUUUGCUUCGAAUUUAGGGAUUCGAAAUAUCUUCUAAUUGAAUGAAAUAUACAAGAACGUCUAACAGGUCAAUAAGCCCCCGAAUCCUCUAUAAUAUAUAACAAUAAAAAAUUACUACAAAUGUGAGAUGAGAUGAAAAUGACAGUAACUAACACAACCUGAGGAAUGAAACACUUAAUCGAAUGAAGGAGAUGGCUUGCAGGCUGUGUAUGAAGAUUGAAGAGCAACGCUGGCUCCCUAAUGAUGUCUACAGUUUGCUUUCUAAUUUUUUUCUUCUUCUAAGUUUCGAGACAACUCAUCACACACGAAGAAAAUUCCAUCUCGAAGUAGCUAGUAGUAGUUUAAUAAAAUUGCAUAUAUUAUACUUGGAAUUGACCCUUUCAUUAUCAACUAACCAUGCUUCUAGAGGAAUUUUCUUAAUAUUAUACAACUUAAUUUAUACCCCAAACUUUGAAAAAUAACACAUGGUCUUACGUUUGAUUUUUUGUCGAUUUUUUGUGAAUUAUAGUUUUUAUACUCUUUUUAAAAUAUUUUCUCUUACUAUAGUAUUAAUUUCUUAGGGUUUUUUCCCCACAUAUUUAACCUUUUCGAUGGACUUUCUAUUCUACAUAGCCUGGUGGUAAGGAAGGUGGACCGGUGUUACGAGAGUGUCUUCAGAUCCUUAGCUCUUUGUCUGUUUGUAUAGAGUUUAGGGCGGUACCUAGAUCCGCUAACAGUGCUGCCCAUAGAGUGGCGCGUAAAGCACUGCUUUUGUCUCGUGUAGAGCUAGAUUCUUUUGAUUUUUUGGGGUGGCUUCUUUAGAAUCUGCUAGGGGUCUUUGGUAGAAUUGUAAGUUUAACUAUUUUCUUCCAUUUAUAUCACUCAGAAAUAAAUAAAAAAAGGAAGGCGGACCGGUGACCGUCAGGUCCCAGGUUCGAUCCUCACCGCCACCAUGGUGUUCCCGGAGGCAUCCCGCUAUCACCCGAGCCGCCGGCAGAGGUCCAGGGGUUUAGCCCGACUACGGCAUCACAAAGGUGGUGACCGUGGAGGGUGUUCCUCGUUAUAAAAAAAAAAGGGAAGCAGAAGACGACUUUCCAUAAAUUGUUUCAUUUUUAUAAAAAACCCAACUUUGGAGACUUAAUCAAGACAGUUAUGGAUUGCUUAUAAAUUCGAUUAAGGAAGCGAUUUGGUAAAGAACAAAAUAUCUAAAAGUAAAACGCAAAUAAUUUGGUGUAUUCAAAACUAUGAGUUUCAUUAAGUAUGGGUGUUCUUGUUAAAUGAAAUAUUAUAGUAUAAACUAAUUUAUAUAUUUAACAUUAUUGUACAAUUCAGUUUGUACCGAUAUUUAUUUUACAUAUUUUUUAUGGCACAAAGAGAACAUGUAUCUUAACAUUAUAAAACAUUUUCAAUUUG